AUGUCCUUCCUCCAAAACCUUCUUCAAUCUCUGCGGGACAACAUUGCUGUUCUCGAACAUGAGGUCCAACAACACGACUUAGGAACCCCCCAAGUGUGGGACUCAAAAGCUUCUACAAAGUUUGACGACCCCGAGCAUUUGAUCUCUUGGCAAGCAUUUGAGGCUAUUGAGAAGAUCCGCGUAGACGUUCGCGCUCUCGAUGCAGCAGUUACACCCAACCACAUCAAGCUGCUUGAGAUGGGUUUGCAACCAGCGCGGACGAGUGCACUCAAUGUGGCAGUGUCCCUUGGUAUCACCGAUGCGAUCAAAGAUCUUGGGGGUGAUGCGAAGCUUGAGGAUUUAGCUCGCCGACUGAAUGUCAAUGAGCAGAAACUAGGAAGGGUCUUGAGGACAUUGACUACUGAGUAUAUCUACCAAGAAAAGAAGCCAGAUGUUUUCAGCAAUACGCGACAUAGUAAGACUCUCGAAAAGGAAGGCAGUGCUGCUCAAUUCCUGUCCCUCUUAGCGGACGAGGGCUUGAGGAGCUCUGCAGGUCUGCUGUCUCAUAUGACAGACACCAAGACCAAAGACUCUUAUCUGGCCACAGAUGCUCCUUUUUGUUCUACAGUGGCACAGAAUGGCGAAACAUUCUUCGAACAUAUUGGCCAUCCCGAGAACGCCAGGGCUGCGCUUAAGGUGGUCAAGGGUGUUGUACCAUGGCUGAAUAGGACAACUAGGCCAGCGCUUCUCAAUGACUACCCCUGGCAUAAAAAGCCCAAAGCUCGAGUUGUGGAUGUUGGGUGCGGACCAGGUGACAGCGGAUUUGACAUCAUGAGGCAUAAUCCGGAGCUUCAUUGGACCUUUCAGGACCUUCAGCCCGCCAUCGAGAGCCUGAAGACUAAUCUGCCCGAGGAUAUUGCACAAAGAGCUGCCGAAGGGAAAGUCGAAUGUGUCGUACAGGACUACUUCGAAGACAAUGUAGCUGAGGGUGACAUAUGGUAUCUCAGAGGAGUUCUACGUGAGUAUGAUGACGAAGACGCUAUCAAGAUACUUACCAAAGUUGCGAACUCUAUGAGAAAAACUCCAGGCUCACGAAUGGUGAUCAACGAGAUCUGGAACUCAAGUCCACUCAUCGUCAGCAAUCAUGAUGCGGCCCCGUCUACUCUGACACCUCGCCAGCAGUCAAGGCUUCCGGACCUUGCCAACUUGAUGAUAUGGAAUACUUUGUUCUUCUUCGGCGGUAAGGAGAGAUCGGUGCCAGACCUCGAGUUGAUUCUUGGGAAAGCAGGUUUGAGAAUCAGCCGGUUCUUCCAAUUUCGCACAAUCACUACCAUGGUAGAGUGCUCGCUAGUCUAG